AUGGAGACCGGCUUCGCGACCCCACACGUCCAGACGACUCCUCGUCCGCUCACCCUCCAGCACGGUUCCCUUGAGCACACCGUUUUGAUCCCCAACACCUCCUUCCUUCUCGCUACGCAGCUUCGCGACUCCUUUCACUCUACUCUUCCUACGCCUACUGAGGGAUUUGACCUCGUGGAGGAGCCUUCAAGCGUGACUGAGCUCGUUGCUAGGUUUUUGGGACACGUUGCAGCGGCAGCUAAGCAAGAGAGCGGCGUUUAUGAGGAGGUUCUUCGAACUGUUUUGGCCGAGUUUGAGGCAAGAUUUUUGAACGGAAAUGAGGUUCACGCCGUUGCGACCACGCUUCCUGGCGAUGCGGAGAAGCACCGCUUGGUGAUCAAGAACUACUACCUCGCCCGCACCCUUCUUUCCAAAACCAUCAAGCCUCACCCGGCUGCGCUCUUCCGCAACAACACCUCCAAUAUCUACGCUGUUUUCGGUGGACAGGGUAACAUUGAGGAAUAUUUCGAUGAGUUGCGCGACACCUACGACCUCUACGGUGCUCUGGUAUCUGAGUUUGUUGAGUUCAUGGCCGCUGUAUUGGGCAAGUUGGCCAGAGAUCCUAAGGCGGCUGGCGUUUACUCUAAGGGUAUGGACGUCAUGACUUGGUUGAACGACGCCGAGUCUACCCCCGAACUGGACUACAUGGUCUCGGCACCUGUGUCGUUGCCUUUGAUCGGUGUUACUCAGCUUGCACACUACGCCGUUGCAUGCAAGAUCCUCGGCCGUAACCCCGGAGAGUUCAAGGACUACUUGUCCGGUACCUCCGGUCACUCCCAGGGUAUCAUCACCGCUGUUGCUGUCGCUCGCUCCAGCUCAUGGGAGAGCUUCUACAAGGAGUGUGCGGUUGCCGUUACCAUGCUCUUCUGGAUCGGUUGCCGUGCUCAGCAAACUUAUCCCACUACUGCCCUGCCACCAUCGGCUUUGCAGGAUUCCCUUGGCGCCGGAGAGGGUACCCCUACUCCUAUGUUAUCCAUCCGUGACUUGCGCGUCAAGGACGUUCAGGCCCACAUCGAUGCCACUAACCAGCAUCUUCCCGAGGACCGUCACAUCGCCAUCGCCCUCAUCAACGGCCCCAGAAACGUUGUCGUCACCGGUCCCCCUCAGUCUUUGUACGGUUUGAAUUUGAGGUUGCGCAAGGUUAAAGCUCCUGCUGGCUUGGAGCAAGGCCGUGUGCCCUACUCUGAGAGGAAGCAGCGCUUCGUUAACAGGUUCUUGCCAAUCUCCGUUCCCUUCCACAGCAAGUACCUCCAGGGCUCCUGCGAGGAGACCAUCUUGUCUGACCUCCAGGGUCUUGACUUCGAGGGCGACAUGACCAUCCCCGUCUACCACACCGGGUCCGGCGCUGACUUGCGUGAGUUUAAGGAUGUCAAGAGGGAGUUGGUUGAAAUGAUCUGUCACCAGGUCGUUAACUGGGAAACCGCUACCAAGUUCCCCGGUGCUAAGGCUAUCAUUGACUUCGGUCCUGGUGGUAUGUCUGGUUUGGGUGCCUUGACUCACCGCAACAAGGAUGGAACCGGUGUCCGUGUCAUCUUGGCUGGUGCUCUCGAGGGUAACAACGCCGAGAUGGGCUUCAAGCCCGAGCUCUUCGACCGCUCCGAGCAGGCUGUCAAGGUUGCUGUUGACUGGCUUAAGGAGUACCAGCCCCGUCUCGUCAAGAACAAGGCUGGCCGUAUCUACGUCGACACACCUUUCUCCCGCUUGUUGGGUAAGCCUCCCGUGAUGGUGGCCGGUAUGACCCCCUCCACCGUUCCUGCUAGCUUCAUCUCUGCUACCAUGAACGCUGGUUACCACAUCGAGUUGGCUGGAGGUGGUUACUACAGCCCCGCUGCCAUGACCGCUGCCGUCAAGGAGAUCGAGGACAACACCCCUCCCGGCUCUGGUAUCACCAUCAACAUCAUCUACAUCAACCCUAGAACUUACCAGUGGCAAAUGCCCCUCGUCAAGACCCUCCGUGACUCCGGAUACAGGAUCGAGGGUGUUACGGUCGCUGCUGGUAUUCCCUCCAUUGAGAUCGCCAACGACCUCGUUGCCACUCUUGGCUUGAAGCACAUCUCCUUCAAGCCCGGAUCUGCCGAUGCCAUCCAACAGGUUAUCAACAUUGCCAAGGCCAACCCCCACUUCCCUAUCAUCAUGCAGUGGACUGGUGGUCGUGCCGGUGGACACCACUCCUUCGAGGACUUCCACGCUCCUAUGUUGAGCAUGUACUCCGCUGUUCGUCGUUGCCCCAACAUCGUCCUCGUUGCCGGUUCCGGUUUCGGUGGCGCUGACGACACCUUGCCUUACUUGACUGGUCAGUGGGCUCUCGACUACAACCACCCUCCCAUGCCCUUCGAUGGUGUCUUGUUCGCUUCCCGUGUCAUGACUGCUAUGGAGGCCAAGACCUCUACUGGUGCUAAGCAGGCCAUCGUUGACGCUCCUGGUCUCGUUGACUCCGAGUGGGAGAAGACCUACAAGGGUCCCGCUGGUGGUGUUAUCACUGUCCGUUCCGAGUUGGGCGAGCCUAUUCACAAGUUGGCUACCCGCGGAAUCGUCUUCUGGAAGGAGAUGGACGACACUAUCUUCAACUUGCCCAAGGAGAAGCGUGUCGCUGCCCUCAAGGUUAAGAAGGACUACAUCAUCAAGAAGCUUAACGCUGAUUACCAGAAGGUUUGGUUCGGUCGCUCUGAGGCCGAUAACCAGCCUUGUGACUUGGAGGACAUGACCUAUGCUGAGGUUGUCCGCCGCAUGGUUGAGCUCAUGUACGUCAAACACCAGGGCCGCUGGAUUGACAAAUCUCACCGCAACUUGACCGGUGACUUCUUGCGUCGUGUUGAGGAGCGUUUCACCCACGAGGAGGGUAAGCCUUCUUUCUUGCAGAGCUUUGAGGCUUUGAACCAGCCCUUCGAGGUUGUCGACAAGUUCUUCGAGGCUUACCCUGAGGCUAAGUCUCAGUUGAUGAACACUCAGGAUUGCCAGCACUUCUUGACCCUCUCCCAGAGGCGCGGUCAGAAGCCCGUUCCGUUCAUCCCGAUUUUGGACGAGAACUUCGAGGUUUGGUUCAAGAAGGACUCCUUGUGGCAGUCUGAGGAUUUGGAGGCUGUUGUCGACCAGGACAUUGGCCGUAUCGCUGUCUUGCAGGGUCCUAUGGCCGUCAAGUGGGCCAGCAAGGUCGACGAGCCUAUCGCCGAGAUCUUGGACGGUGUUCACGACGGUCACAUCAAGAGCUUGAAGGAGCUCUACUACAACAACGAUGAGUCUAAGAUCCCAACCGUUGAGUACUUCGGUGGUGCUGUCAUCGAGGAGGUUGAGCAGGAGCUUAACGACUUCUUCACUACCAAGGAGGAGGCUGGUAAGACCAUCUACAACCUCUCCGCUUCUUCGACCAACGGUGCUCUCCCUGAGGCCAAGAAGUGGCUCGAGCUCCUUUCUGGCCCCUCUUACUCUUGGCGCCGUGCUUUGCUCACCUCUGAUGUCUUCGUCCAGGGUACCAAGAUUCAGGAGAACCCCAUGAAGCGCAUUUUCGGCCCUCGUUACGGUCAGCAGGUCCAGGUCGCCGAUGACUGUAUCGUCGUUUCUGAGCUUCGCAACGGUGAGCUCGUUCCCGCUGCUGAGGCAAAGCGUGACGGUGACAACAUCUCUGUUGUCAUGUAUGAGAACCGCACCAUCGACGGUCAGGUUGCUGAGUUGAAGUUCCUCUUCACCUACCACCCUGAGGUCGGCUACGCCCCUAUCCACGAAGUUAUGGAGGGUCGCAACGACAGGAUCAAGGAGUUCUACUGGCGUCUUUGGUUCGGUCAGGAGAAGUUCGACAUUGACUCCAAGGUCACUGACGUUUUCGAGGGUGGAAAGGCUACUGUCCAGGCUGAGGCUAUCAAGGAGUUCUGCCACGUCGUCGGCAACCAGUCAGAGACUUACGUCGCUCGACCUGGCAAGACCGUCCAGGCCCCUAUGGACUUUGCCAUCGUUGUCGGAUGGAAGGCUAUCACCAAGGCCAUCUUCCCCAAGGCCAUUGACGGUGACUUGUUGAAGCUCGUUCACUUGUCGAACGGUUUCCGCAUGAUUCCAGGUGCUCAGCCUCUCAAGGCUGGUGAUGAGGUUGAGACUAACGCUACCAUCAACGCUGUUAUCAACAACGAGUCUGGUAAGCUUGUCGAGGUCACUGGCACCAUUACCCGUGCCGGUGAGCCCGUCAUGGAGGUCGUUACUCAGUUCUUGUACCGUGGUGUCUUCAACGACUUCGAGAACACCUUCCAGCGUACUACUGAGAAGCCUAUGGAAAUCACCAUCUCCUCCACCAAGGACUUGGCUGUCUUGCAGUCCAAGGAGUGGUUCCACCUUGAGGACGACCACGAGUUGUUGGGUCAGACCCUUACUUUCCGUUUGAACUCUUUGGUCAGGUUCAAGAACAAGACUGUUUUCAGCCAUGUUGAGACCAAGGGUCAGGUUUACUUGCAGUUGCCUACCAAGGAGGUCAUCCAGGUUGCCUCUGUUGAGUACGAGGCUGGUGUCUCACACGGAAACCCCGUUAUCGACUACCUCCAGCGUCACGGUCGCCCUAUUGAGCAGCCCGUUGCCUUCGAAAACGGAGGAUACUCCGUCACUCCUUCUCCGGAUGUGCUCAGCUCCCUCUCCGUUGCUCCUCCCAGCAACUCUCCCUACGCCCAGAUCUCUUCCGACUACAACCCCAUCCACGUCAACCCCUACUUCGCCAAGUACGCUCUCUUGCCUGGAACCAUCACUCACGGUAUGUGGUCUUCCGCAAGCUGCCGUCGCUUCGUCGAGACCUUCGCCGCCGAGAACCGUCCCGAGCGUGUCAGCUACUACGAGGUCAAGUUCUUGGGUAUGGUCCUUCCCAACACUCGUUUGGAGACUAAGUUGUCUCACACUGGUAUGAUGAACGGUCGCAAGAUCAUUAAGGUUGAGACCUUCAACCAGGAAACUCAGGAGAAGGUUCUCGAGGGUGUUGCUGAGGUUGACCAGGCUAAGACCGCCUACGUCUGUACUGGUCAGGGUUCUCAGGAGCAGGGUAUGGGUAUGGAGCUUUACGAUGCUUCUCCCGUCGCCCGUGCCAUCUGGGAUCGUGCCGAUGCUCACUUCUUAGCCAACUACGGUUUCUCUAUUCUUAACAUUGUCAGGAAUAACCCUAAGGAGUUCACCGUUCACUUUGGUGGACCUAAGGGUAAGGCCAUCCGUCAGAACUACAUGUCCAUGGUCUACGACACUGUUGAGGCUGAUGGUACUACCAAGUCCCUUCCUAUCUUCAAGGGUAUCGACGAGAACACCUCCUUCUACACCUUCCAGCACCCCACUGGUUUGUUGUCCGCGACUCAGUUCACUCAGCCUGCCCUUACCUUGAUGGAGAAGGCUGCUUUCGAGGACAUGAAGGACAAGGGUUUGGUGCAGCAGGGCUGCUCCUUCGCCGGUCACUCUCUGGGAGAGUACUCUGCCUUGGCUUGUAUCGGCGACGUUCUUCCCAUCGAGUCUUUGAUCGAUGUCGUCUUCUACCGUGGUAUGACCAUGCAGGUUGCUGUCGCUCGUGAUGCUGAAGGUCGCUCUGAGUACGGGAUGUGCGCUGUUAACCCUAGCAGGAUUUCGAAGACUCUUAAUGAGACUGCUUUGCGUUUCAUCGUCGACCACAUCUCUUCCCAGACUGGUCGCUUGCUUGAGAUCGUCAACUUCAACGUUGAGAACCAGCAGUACGUUGCCGCUGGUGAGCUCUUGGCCCUUGACACGUUGGCGAACGUUCUCAACGUCUUGAAAAUGCAGAAGAUUGACUUGGACAAGUUGAUGGAGCAGUUGUCCAUUGAGGAUGUCAAGAAGCACCUCUCUGAGAUUGUUGCCGAGUGUGCGAAGAAGUCUGAGGAGAAGAAGGCCAAGAACGGUGGUGUCAUGAAGCCGGAGCGUGGUUUCGCCACCAUCCCUCUUCCUGGUAUCGAUGUUCCUUUCCACUCCUCUUUCUUGCGCAAUGGUGUGAAGCCUUUCCGCGGUUUCUUGGGCAAGAAGAUUUUGCGUACUCGCAUUGACCCAUCGAACCUCGUUGGCAAGUACAUUCCUAAUGUUACUGCCAAGCCGUUCCAGAUCUCUAAGGAGUACUUUGAGGAGGUAUACAAGCUUACCGGAUCGCCUAAAUUGGGUGCGAUCUUGAAGGACUGGGAGAAGUAUGAGAACGCUUAA